UCUACCGGAAGUGUUCAUAGUGUAAACAGAGGAGCGCAGUCAUGACCUCGUACUGUUUCCCUGUUCGUAAUUAAUGUUUCCCCUCAGCUUGUAUUCGGUCAGCAACAGUUUUAUAUCAUCUAACUGCAUGAAGAAAUAAGGCAGAAAUUAUACCCUCCGAAUCGUCUGCAGGACUGAUAACUGAAGACGCGCUAUGCCACGGCGGAAGAGAAAUGCUGGCAGUAGCUCUGAAGGUACGGAGGAUUCAGACUUCUCUGCUGAGCACACAGACAGCUCUGAGAGUGACGCCCACACAGUCAGGAAUACCCGCCUCACUCGCUCCUCACUGCGACUCAUACGCAACUCACAAGGAGCCUGCUUCGAUAGAGACAAAACGUGAUCAGUUAUCUGCUGAGCGGAACAGACCGAUUUGCUUAUAUUCUGGCAGAUUUGAUUGGGUGGACCAGCCGUCAGUCUGGGUGGCCAGUGCUGCUCAUCAUGAUUCAAGUCCUGUGGGGAAUGCUUCUACCCUGGUUUCAGAAGAGGUUGUGAACUUUUCCACCCGUCGUGUGACACGUAGUCAACAACAGGGGGUGACAGUCUCACCCAAGAAAUACCCCCUGCGGCAGAGUCGCUCUUCUGGCUCAGACACGGAGCAGCAUGGGGAAAUCUCAGAGAGGGACAGUAAACAUGAGGUAGACCAUGAAGAGUCCCCACCUAGAACGCCUACAGGCAACGCUCAUUCCUCUGAGUCAGACAUUGACAUGUCCAGCCCAAAUGUGUCUCAUGAUGAGAGUCUAGCAAAGGAGUUGUCGCUAAAAGAAUGUGGCCUUGCUCACCGUCCCAAACGCCGCCGCUUUCAUGAGAGCUACAACUUCAACAUGAAAUGUCCCACACCUGGUUGUAACUCACUUGGACAUUUGACAGGAAAACAUGAAAGGCACUUCUCAAUAUCUGGAUGCCCACUGUACCAUAACCUUUCAGCAGAUAAGUGUAAGGUGAAGGCAAGCUCUCGUGACAAACAUGUGGAGGAGAGGACCCUGUCACAACGACAGGAUGAGAACCGACAUUCUGCUCGGCAGCAGGCCCAAUCAGAGCAACAGCUGCGGUACAAGGAAAAAGUGACAGAAAUGAGGAGGAAGAGAAAUUCUGUUCCUCUAAAAGAGCAAAAAGAUAAGUACAUGGAUCACAGCCAGACCCAUGGCAGCAGUUGGGAGCCCCUGCUGGAGAACAUCACAAGUGACUAUGACCUGGAGCUCUUUAAAAAAGCCCAGGCACGUGCCUCGGAUGAUCUUGAGAAACUCCGGCUCCAGGGACAGGUCACAGAGGGUGGCAACAUGAUCAAGACCAUUGUGUUUGGUCGCUAUGAGCUGGACACCUGGUAUCACUCGCCGUACCCUGAAGAGUAUGCCCGACUUGGCCGUCUCUACAUGUGCGAGUUCUGCCUCAAAUACAUGAAGAGUCAGACCAUUCUGCGACGUCACAUGGCCAAAUGCGUGUGGAAGCACCCACCAGGUGAUGAGAUUUACAGAAAAGGGUCAAUAUCUGUUUUUGAAGUGGACGGGAAGAAGAACAAGAUUUAUUGCCAAAAUCUAUGUCUGCUGGCCAAGCUCUUCCUGGACCACAAAACUUUGUACUAUGAUGUGGAGCCUUUCCUAUUUUAUGUGAUGACUGAAGCUGACAAUACGGGCUGUCACCUUGUUGGAUACUUCUCCAAGGAAAAGAAUUCAUUCCUGAACUACAAUGUCUCCUGCAUCCUGACCAUGCCACAGUAUAUGAGGCAGGGUUAUGGCAAGAUGCUGAUUGAUUUCAGUUAUCUUCUGUCCAAAGUGGAAGAGAAGGUAGGCUCCCCUGAGCGCCCCCUUUCUGACCUGGGCCUCAUCAGCUACAGGAGCUACUGGAAAGAAGUGCUGCUGCGCUACCUAAACAACUUUCAGGGCAAAGAAAUCUCCAUUAAAGAAAUCAGUGAAGAAACAGCUGUCAAUCCUGUAGACAUUGUCAGCACUUUACAGUCACUCCAAAUGCUGAAGUACUGGAAAGGGAAGCACUUGAUCUUAAAAAGACAGGUAAUCGUAAUGAUUUGAUUGAUGAUUGGAAAACCAAAGAGGCAAAACGUGGAAACAACAAGACUAUUGACCCUGCGGCCUUGAAGUGGAGCCCACCCAAAGGAACUUGAGAAAACUUAUCAACAUGCUCUUCAGUCUUUGCUAUAGUUUAGCAGGUCUUGGUCACUAUUAGAAUAGCUAAACGCACAGGAAAGUGUUUUCUUUUUUACAGUAAGACUGCAAUCAUAACUGUAUUGCGUAAAACACUUUUCACAUAGUACAGUUAUGCUGUGUGUACAGUUUCAAGUUGUUUCACGUUAAUCAUUCUUUAGUUUUUUUAAAACAUGCUUAACACGGCAUAGAAAAUGUUGCAUUGUUCAUGGCACGUGGCCUACAAGAUCUAAUCACCUAAUUUAUCCACAGUUUCACAAAUCAACAGUAACAGUGUUUAGUACUCAAAUACAAUUUGUUUUUAAUGUUGUUUUUAGUUAGUUUACUAAACAAAAUGUUAACCACUGUAUCGCUUUUAGAGAACUGACUAUUUGACUGUUGGAUGUUUGCGUGAACAGACCACUAUAGUGUUUCAGUCAAUUCCUCGACUGAUGGCAUAAGGAAAUCAUGGUUUUUUUUUAGGACAAAUCAGUCUAUCAGUAUGAUAAUGUUCCUUGUCACUAGCAGCCAAAGAGCAUGAGUUCAGCAUUGAAGGGAUUCAGCUGAUUUUUGUCUCUUCUAAUUGGGUCCUUGUUUCUUUUUUUUUUGAUACCUCUAAACAAGAUAUGUAAUUCCAGCCCAAGUUGACCUUAACUGAAAUCAUUGUACUAAAUAAUAUAUACUAAAUACAAAGAAUAUUUUAUUCAUUAGCUUAAGUAAAACUAAAAUUUGUAUUUUGGGACAGA